CCAAUACAUAAUCAGGGUCCCUAGAGAAGCAGCCACUUGGGUUUUGUGAAACCUUUCAUCCUUGACUUCACUUUGAUCUUUCUCUGCCUACAUCUUGGUUUCAGUUCCUCUGUCACAGACACAAUCAAUAAGUAUUAUUAUUGUUUGAAAAUAAGAAUUAUUGUGAUUACUGCCAUCAAUAAGAAAAACAGGAGAAAUAGAAGAAUCUGAGGGGGACGGUAUCAGGGAAGCUUAACCCCCCUUUCCCGGAGGCGAAAACCUGAGCCGAGGAAAGAGGUCCCCAAAGCCCGACUCAGUGAUUGGGGAACAAGAACGUAAAGUCCUCCUGCGUUGCUAGAGAGGACCCCGAAGCACAGCACAGGCCCGGAAGACAGGUGUGACGCACUUCCGGCUUCUGUGAGGCUGUGGGUUCUGGCGAUCGCAGGGUCUGCGUCCAAGUCCACUGGCCUUUGAUCCUUAGAGUCACCUCCCCUUUCUAUCCCGGCACUCCCAGACUUCUCCGGGGUUCACGGAUAGCAAAAACAGAUCUCAUAAAACAUCCAGGACAGAAAGGACAGCCCUGCAAACACAGCCUCUUUGGAUCAAGUGAGCCGGUUCUUUGAACCUGAACAAUGACUACUGAACCAGAGGAUACUACAGAUUUGUGUCCCCAGACUACACAGGAGAUGGAAGGCAUAGUGAUAGUGAAAGUGGAGGAGGAAGAUGAGGAAGAGCAUUUUCAAAAGGAAAGACAUAACAUAAAGUUAUCACAAUUUCUUAGUCGUUCCACAACUAUGAAUGAGAGAGCCUUAUUAUCGUCAUAUUUAGUUGCAUAUCGAGUGGCAAAAGAGAAAAUGGCUCACACGGCUGCUGAAAAGAUUAUUCUCCCAGCAUGUAUGGAUAUGGUACGUACAAUUUUUGAUGAUAAAUCAGCUGAUAAAUUAAGAACUAUACCUCUUAGCGAUAAUACAAUAUCUCGCCGAAUCUGUACGAUUGCAAAACAUUUAGAAGCAAUGCUGAUUUCACGGCUACAGUCUGGUAUAGAUUUUGCAAUCCAACUGGAUGAGAGCACUGAUAUUGCAAGUUGCCCAGCACUCUUGGUUUAUGUCAGAUAUGUGUGGCAAGAUGAUUUUAUAGAGGAUCUGUUGUGUUGUUUAAAUUUAAAUUCACAUGUAACCGGAUUAGACUUAUUUACUGAAUUAGAGAAGUGCAUUGUUGGUCAAUAUAAAUUAAACUGGAAACAUUGUAAAGGGAUUUCAAGUGAUGGAGCAGCAAAUAUGACUGGAAGACAUAGCAAAGUUAUUGAAAAAUUGUUGGAAGCAACCCAUAACAAUGCUCUUUGGAAUCACUGUUUUAUUCAUCGAGAAGCUUUGGUAUCUAAAGAAAUUCCACCAAGUCUAAUGGAUGUAUUGAGAAAUGCAGUGAAAAUUGUGAAUUUUAUUAAAGGAAGCUCAUUGAACAGCCGGCUCCUUGAAAUACUUUGUUCGGAAAUUGGAGUUAACCAUACCCAUUUAUUGUUUCAUACCGAAGUCCGUUGGUUGUCUCAAGGAAAAAUCCUGAGCAGAGUAUAUGAACUCAGGAAGGAGAUUUACGUUUUUCUCAUUGAAAAGCAAUCUCAUUUGGCAACUAUUUUUGAAGAUGACAUUUGGGUAACAAAAUUGGCAUAUUUAAGUGAUAUUUUUGGCGUUCUUAAUGAAUUAAAUUUGAAACUACAGGGGAAAAACAAUGAUAUAUUUCAAUAUCUUGAACAUAUUCUAGGUUUCCAAAAGACAUUAUUGUUGUGGCAAGCGAGACUUAAAGGUAAUCGCCCCAGCUACUAUAUGUUCCCAACAUUGUUGCAACACAUUGAAGAGAACAUCAUUAAUGAAGACUGCUUAAAAGAAAUAAAAUUAGAGAUAUUAUUGCAUCUCACUACUUUGUCUCAAACCUUUAAUCGUUAUUUUCCAGAAGAAAAAUUUCAGUCAUUGAAGGAAAAUAUUUGGGUGAAAGAUCCAUUUGCUUUUCAGACCCCAGAAUCAAUAAUUGAGUUAAACUUGGUGCCCGAAGAAGAGAGUGAAUUAUUGCACCUCAGUUCAUCAUUCACACUGAAGAAUUAUUACAAGAUGUUAAGUUUAUCAACAUUUUGGAUUAAGAUCAAAGAUGACUUUCCAUUGCUAAGUAGAAAGAGUAUAUUGCUAUUAUUACCAUUCACAACUACCUAUUUGUGUGAACUAGGAUUUUCAAUCUUGACACGAUUGAAAACAAAGAAAAGAAAUAGGCUCAAUAGUGCACCUGACAUGCGUGUGGCCUUAUCUUCGUGUGUCCCAGACUGGAAUGAACUUAUGAACAAGCAAGCACACCCAUCACAUUAAAUACAGUCUUUAUGAAAUUUUGGUUUUGUGCUUUUUUACACGUAUUUUGGUAUAUUGUAUUUAAAUACUAAUAAAAUAUUUGGAAUUUA